CCAUUUCCAAAUAAACGGAAAAGAAAUCGAAGCCCAAAAAAAAGGGGUUGUAAAGGAAGUCGUCUGACUCGUCUCUAGCUUCUUCUUUUCUCUCUCUCUCUCUUUCUUGUGGUGAUCAUUGAGAAGAAAGAAGAAGAAGAAGAUGAACGGUGGUCCAUCUGGUUUCAACAAUGCUCCUGUUACAAGAGCCUUCAUUAUUGCCUCUGCCCUCUUCACCGUCUUCUUUGGGAUCCAAGGCCGUUCUGCUAAACUCGGUUUAUCAUAUUUGGAUAUUUUUGGGAAGCUUCGCAUUUGGAAGUUAAUUGCAUCAGUUUUUGCCUUUUCAUCUACACCAGAAUUGUUGUUUGGACUCUACUUGCUAUACUAUUUCAGGGUCUUUGAGAGGCAGAUAGGUUCCAAUAAGUACUCAGUCUUUAUCUUGUUCUCUAUAAUAGCUUCAUUACUCUUUGAGGUCCUUGCUCUAGCACUUCUUAAAGAUCCUGCUGUGAACCUGGUCACUUCUGGACCUUAUGGUCUUAUAUUUGCGUCAUUUGUACCAUUUUUCCUUGAUAUUCCAGUUUCGACAUGGUUUCGUGUAUUUGGUGUUCGCUUCUCUGACAAGUCUUUCAUCUAUCUGGCUGGUCUUCAGCUUCUUUUAUCGUCGUGGAAAAGAUCUAUCUUGCCAGGGAUAUGUGGGAUCCUAGCUGGUUCCUUGUAUCGUUUGAAUGUCUUUCGUAUUCGCAAGGCAAAGUUCCCAGAGUUUGUUACUUCAUUUUUUUCGCGGCUAUCUUGGCCAACCACAGGGAAUCCACCUUCAGCACCAACUAGGAAUAUUGUAGGAAAUGUACCAUCCUAUGCAGGUCGCCAAGUGGAGAGAAACUAUCCUUCUUCCAUGCCAUCUGCAAUAGAGCCACCCGAGGACUCCAUUGCUACACUUGUUUCCAUGGGCUUUGAUAGGAACUCAGCCCGACAGGCUCUUGUGCAUGCUAGAAAUGACAUCAAUGUGGCAACAAACAUUCUUCUUGAAGCGCAGUCACACUAAUUUUAGAGAAAUUGUUCUGUCAAAGGAAACCUAGAUUGUUUCGAAAUCAGACACAGAAUCUUAUCUAAUGCGGACAUGCUGGCCAAACAAAUUUGCCCAAUCUGGUGACAGGAUUGAUAUGUUUAAGAGAAAUCCAGUCAAGGCAUUUGGAAUAUCAUUCUUAGGGUUUCUCUCUUAAUCUUCUUGUUUUCUUGUUUUCUUUGUUAAUUUCUUUUUGUUCCCCUUUCAUUUUGGUUGUAUCUAUCAGUUUAAGUUGAGUAUCAUACAUUGAGGACAGAAUUAGGAGCAUGUAAAAUUGUUUCACUCCAUAUUGAGGACAUGCAUAUCCCGUUUAAUAGAAAAGAUAUGUAUGAGCCAUAUAUAGCUCUACUUAACUUU